AUGCAACAGCAAAAGCAACGGCGCAUGCAGCGACAUCAAAUUUUGCUGGCCGGAGACCCGCAGUAUACCAACACCGAAGAGGAAAAGCAAAAUAUCCCAACACUUCGUCCUCCUGCAACUACAGCAAGACCCGAUGGCCUUCCUGACAUUUCGCCGGAUCUGUCAGAACCGCCUGUACCAGUGCAGGAACCCGCACCAACUAUAACGGGAAAGCUCUUGUCUAACUGUAGGAGAGCAGGAGAUGUUUCGGCACCCGGUGAAGCUAUUGGAAGCAAUGAGGCCGAUGAACUGACGGAAGCAGCUGCUGCAAGGGAGGCUGCGGCAUGCGCUUCUUCAGCUCUAGCACACGGGCACCCCAUAGUGUCAGAUGCUGGUGAGACCUGCGGUGUCGCUACUUGGUAUAAAGCGGCCUCUACGGCUACUGAAUUACUGUAA